AUGGGUGUGUUUGGUGAUCAUACAGAUGAAGUGAAGUCAGUGUCUGUUAUGGAGGGAGAUUCUGUCACUUUAAAUGCUGAUGUUACUCAAAUAAAGAGCGAUUAUCAUAUACUGUGGACAUUUAAACAAAAUUCGGAGACUCGUAUCGCUAAAAUCUAUAAACAGAGUGUCUUUAUAUAUGAUAGUGGUGAGAAUGAGAGAUUCAGAGACAGACUACAAAUAAAUGAGCACACAGGAUCUCUGACCAUCAUAAACAUCAACAAAUUACACUCUGGACUUUAUAAAGUGAAGAUCAUCAGUGGAGACAUCAAACAUGAGAGCUUUAGUAUUGCUGUCUAUGCUCUUUUGCCUGUUCCAGUCAUCAGUGAUUCUCCUCAAAACUUUUCAGUAUCAAGAAGAUCAUUACAGAAUUGUUCAUUGCUGUGUUCAGUGUUAAAUGUGAGUGAUGUGAGUCUCUCCUGGUACAAAGGAAACAGUUUAUUAUCCAGCAACACUGUGCCUGAUCUCAGCAUCAGUCUCUCUCUACCUCUGGAGAUUGAGUGUCUGGAUGAUUCCUACAGCUGUGUUGUUGCUUAUUCGUUCACCAAACGGAAUAAACAUCUCAAGAACACUGAACUUUGUCGAUCAUGUUCAGAUGGUCAGUCUGUGUCCGUCAAACUGACAAUAAUUGCUGCUGUAUUUCUGCUGCUGCUGGCUUCUAGUGGACAGAAGAAGAGUAUUCUGGAGUUGUUUUGGAUGAUGAUGAUGAUGAUCAUCAUCAUCAUUUAG